ACGUAUACUGACGAAGAAAUUUGCUACCAUAGAUUAGUUCUAAAUUUGAAAGUGUUUUAACAUUCACGAACAAAUUAAUUGAUCAAAGUAAUCGCAGUGACUGCUGAAGCUGUAAAAGACUAAUGCGGGAAUAAUGGACAGUACGUCCAUUAUUACUCAAGUUAGCCGAGACGAGGAACAACUGACAAGUUUUCCUCCCGAAAGAGCUUUUCCUGUUGUUAAAAAGCCCCGACAUAAAGGGUUUUUUGACACUUUAUUGUGCUGUUUUAGCCGUAACCCAAGGCAAACAAAUCCAUCAACGCAUUCUGAGGAAAAUGGCCAAUGUUCACCUAAGUUACCGGUCCAAGGCAAGUACUUGCUGCCUCCUAUGAAGCCUCAGGACAUGCAUAAAAUAUGCAUGGUUAUUGACCUGGAUGAAACUCUUGUCCACAGCUCUUUUAAGCCCAUCAGUAAUGCAGACUUUGUAGUUCCUGUUGAAAUUGAUGGCACCGUUCAUCAAGUUUACGUCUUAAAAAGGCCGUAUGUAGAUGAGUUCUUAAGAAAGAUGGGGGAGCUUUACGAAUGUGUCUUAUUCACUGCCAGCCUUGCAAAAUAUGCUGACCCCGUAGCAGACCUGCUAGACAGGUGGGGAGUUUUCCGAGCAAGGUUGUUCCGAGAAUCAUGUGUCUUCCAUAGAAAUAACUAUGUAAAGGACCUUGGAAGAUUAGGUCGAGAUCUUCAGAGGGUUGUUAUAGUUGAUAAUUCUCCAGCUUCUUACUCCUUCCAUCCUGAAAAUGCUGUGUCAGUGGCGUCUUGGUUCGAGGAUAGCACAGACACAGAAUUACGAGAUCUUAUUCCAUUCUUUGAAAAACUUAGUAAGAAAGACAGUGUGUAUUCUUUGCUGCAAAACUCCAAUCAUGCAGCCAUCCAUCCUCUGCCUUCUCACUCGUUGAAUGGCCCACACAUAUUGCCUCCUAAUGUGCCUUCUCCUCAGUCACUGUUAAACAACACAAAUCAGCCUUCUUAGCAUCACUGGUGAAUCAGUGACGUUGAUGCUAUCAUAUCUUAUAGUUGCCAGUGGCUGCUGGUCCAUCUAAUGGUGCUUUUGGCAACUUUUUCAGGUUAAGGAAAAUAGUUUUGGUCAUGAUGGAAUCACAGUAUCAUAUUAUUUUGUAGAGAAACUUACUUUGUUAACUUGGUCCUGUACAUGUGCCAAUUUUUCUUAAGGUAAGUGUGGUAAUUAUGUGUUGGGUCCACAAGUUUUAUAAUCACCGUGUGCUAGGAUGAAUUUAUACCAUGAUUAUUAUUUUCUAUGCCUGAUAAUAAAGAGCAGCCAUGCCAUAGGCUACUGUUUACAUCAUAAUUAUAUGAAAAUGCUGAAUAAAAUAAUAAUUUUAUAAUCAAAUGUAUAUUAAUAGUAGAAGUGUAGCAUGAAAGAACUGGUUCUUGGGGUUUUUAUUAUUAGUGUUAAGUUUUCAGACCUGUUAACUUUCUUUAUGCAUCAAGUUGUUAUUAUUCAGUAUGAACAGCUUUCUUUUUAGCAUCAGUAAACAAUGUCUAGCAUUUGUUUCUUGGCCUGUGUGCCAAUUGUAAACAAGUUGAAUUGGCAGCUUGAAGUCAGCGGGCAUUGUUAACAUGGGUCUAAAUAAUAUACUGAAUAUGCAUUCAUUCAUAUGUAAUUGUUAUAUAUCAUUGUUGUUACUGUCUUAUUUUACCAUGUAAAAUCAGUAGUUUGGUCAAUAAAUUUUGAGACUAUCCAAGUAAUUUUUGUACCUUAAAUUUGAUAUAUGUGUAUUUUGCAUGUACAAAUUGAAGUGUCUUAUAAUGACAGUUUAAUUCAAAUAAUUAAGAAUUCCAACAAAAGGGGUUGGAAAAUUGUUUAUUGUUAGCUGUUGUUUAAGUUUAUUAUGAAAAAACUAGUAAUACAAAAUUGAUGAGAUUUUUGUAUUAAAAAACAUAUUAGCUGUAGUUUUUGCUGUUGGUUUAUUGUUUGAUUACUGAUAUAUAAAUUCUUUACCCAUUUGUCUUUUCAUGUUAAUGUGAAUAUUAACACAAAAUUCCUCAUCUCCUCAAGACUUCAAAAAUCACUGCAUAAUAUCUGUAGUAUAGUAUACUGUACAAAGUUCAAAAUCCUAUAGCUGAAAAAUUAAACCAAGAGACUUCUUUGAUAAAGAUAAUGCUGGUAUGUACAAGAAGGAAGAAGAUUAAAAUAGCUUUAACAGGAGUAAAACUGGUAUUUUUUUGAUACAGCUAUUUUGUGUAAGAAGGCUAUAAAGAGAUUUUAUAUCAACAUAACAGGUUUUUGUACAAUGUAUGGUUGCCAAAAGAAACUUCCUGGCUGAAAGCUAAAGAAUGGGAAUUUGUUAUAGAAAGUAGAAUAUAUAUAUUUAUACAGUUUAUUCACACAUUUUAUUAAUAUGUAGAAAAGGUAUUAUAUAUAUAAAUAUGUGUGUUUGAAUGUUGUCUGUAUUCUGAUAUUUAUAAUAUGCAUACAGGUAUCGAUAGGUAUGAAACCUAAUGCUACUUAAUGUAUAUCACCACUAAGUAAUACAGGCAUGUUCAAAUACAUUAAUAAGUACAUGACUUAGCAUGGCAAUGAGAGUUACAAGUCUAAGCAUGCCAAUGAUAAAUAAUAUUUUUUUCCCACAAUUCACAACAGAAUUUUGAUAUUUUGGUACAAAAUUUACUUCGGCAGCUCAAUUUUUAUGAGAAAGUGUUUCAAGUAGAGUAACAAUGUAGUAAAACUCUGUGUACUUCUUCCACUCCGCUGGUUUAUUUCUUGAUGAUUGUACUAUUGUUUAUAGGCAAGGUUAAUUAUCUUUUUUAUUUUGUAAAAAGCUUUGAAAAGUUGACUUUUUUUUUAAAUGUUAAGGUCAUCUCUUAUGUUUCAUUUCGUGAAAUCUUAUUCACUAUGUCAAAUCAUUUUUUAUGAUUAGCUAAGGUCCCAUUUAAUGUUAAACAAUCAAGUACAUGUAUAUGUAGAUUGAGAGGAUUGUGAAUAUAUUGUAAAGUAAAUGAGAGUGAUCUGUGUAACAUUCUGUUGUAGCUGUUGCUUCCCAACUCGUGAAGGUAUUUACUUCUUUUUUUUAUACCGGGUCCGUAAUAUAUUUAGGUUUUGUGUUUGCAGCAUACUUAUAUUCUAUAUACCAGAUAUCCAACCUAUUUAGGUACUGUCUGUGUACCUAGGAUACUAUUAUUUUGUAAACCAGAUAAGGAACCUAUAUGGGUGCUAAUUGUGUGUGCAUGUAGGUUAUUCACAUCCUGUAAACCAGAUGCUGUACAUUACCUGUUGAGGUCUUACCUCGUGUGUAAUGUAGUCAAGUUUUUCUUCAGCUGUAGUAAAUAUAGUCCCUGUAGCCAUAAGUUUGAUACUUUGAACAUUUAUUUAUUACAGUUAGGUUCUACAGUUUGUUGUAUGAAAUAUUUAACAUAUUCUGUAAGAGAAAAUGUGCGAUAUACAGAUUCUGUACUCAUCUAUGUAAAACAAUGAAACUCAUAACCAGCUGUAAACGAUGACAAUUCAGAUUGGCUGUAUUUAGUAAAUAGGUGGAUGUUGGACAAUAUCAUAUAUGGAAGUUCUUUAACCAGAUCAAAACCUGUAAUAAUAAACCAACAUCUUGGAAGUGAAUCACUGUUGGCAAUAACCAUAUCUUUAAUAAGCAUUAUAAUAUAUUCAAGUUAUGUAACUGUGUAUAUGAUAUAUAGUUUUUGUUUUAUAACUGGCUAUGUAGCAUGUUUGAUACUCAGCCGUGAUAGUAUGUAUACAGACUUGGUUUCUAGAUUCAGUUACUUGGGUAUUUAGGCCCUCAAUAUUGUUAGCACCGUACUUAUUCAGUAUCUUUGACCAACUAUCAUAGGUUAGAAUCUUUGAGAAUGGCAUGUUUUUAUUUCUUUAAAAUAAAUUUUAAGCAAUACAGAAUACUCUUUAAACAAAACAGCAUCAGAUGAAUUUAUUUUAAAUUGCAUGUGAUCAGAAGAUAUCCUCGAGUCAUCUCAUAAUUAGAUUUUUAGAAUUUUUUUUUAAAGCUGAAGUAUGAGAUACAAUUACAAAGGGAAAAAUUGUUACUCCAAAGCAAAUUGUUCACUUGGAUGUCUGUUUUACUGCUGGGAGAAUCAAAAUUUUAAAGUAAAAUAAGUAUCUAGGUUAAUAGCUUCAGUUUGUUUUUGUUGGCAUUGCAAGAUUAAAUUCAGUUUUAGCCUUGUAGUUGAAUGUAACUUUGAAUGAUACAGAAACUGUGUAGAUAUGGAGAAAGAAAGUUGAGGAAAAAAUUAUGAACAUUUUACGCCAGCCUAAUGCCAUUUUAAUUAUGUAAUGUAUUAAGAAUUUCCCAUAGAGUAAACUGUUUUUAACUUUUCAUUUAUAUUGUUUUGUGCCUUUAAAAAAAAUUGAUGGGAUUUGCCUUAUUUAAGUUCUCAUCCAGUUAAUUGAAAGAAACUUUUGAGGAACUGAAUUGUGUAUGAAAACACUUUUUACUUAAAUUCAUUUUAUAACUCAAUGUUUUUUACAACACUAUAAUUUUUGUAGGAUAGCAGUUGAUUUUGACAGUAGAUAAUAAGUAUAAAUAGAAAAGUGAGACAAACCUUAAUAUAAGGUUGUAUUCCCCUUUCUAGUUACACUUUUUGGAGUUUUUUACAUUCUUUUUAAAUGCAUUGAUUGUCAGCUUAAGAGGUUUAAAAUAUAAAUUACAGUGGUUUUUUUAUACCUUUUGCACAUAGAAUGCAUGUCUUUUUAUCUUUUAUCAUGUAAGGAAAUUCUUUUGAAUUAAAAAUAGUUUAGCUGUUAUCUUUAAUAUAAAAAGUAAAAAUAUGCUACUGUAUCUUUGUAUUUCAAACAUUUUAAUGGCAUGUUCUUAUACUAAAGACCUUUAAAAUGUAGUUAAACUUUCUACCCAAGAAGUUGCAUACCGGUGGUGAUAUAGCACUUGUUAUUAUAUGUCAUAUGCAAGACACUGUUCAUUGCAGAGCAUAAUCCCACUCUUGAAAAUAUUUGUGUUUAUGCAUGAUAUUCAGCAAUGAUAUUUACCCUUUAAUAACGAAUAUGUUUUGAUGGAGUAACGAACACCUAGUGCCAUACCUAAUGAUCAGAAAUAAAAAUGCUGGCAUGGCACGUUUCAGACUUGAGGUUGUUCAGUCCAGUUGCAAAGAAAAUGAGCACAAACUAUGAUCCAUUGUCUGGAUCAUGACGUUGCAGAGCCCUGUCUUGUGGAAGUCAUCUUGGAUAAUCAUUCAAUGGUACAAAAUGUUUUGAAAUAUAGUAUUAAGUUUAAGCAGUGUACAGUGAUUUGUUAAGUUUAAGCUGUGCUGGGAAAUGAGCGUUGUUGUCAAGCUAGCCUGAGUAUAAUUUUUAUAAUAUAAUCUGCAUUUUUUACCUUAUCAUAAUUUAAAAACUGUUGUUUGAAAAUAGUCCUUCUUUAUUAAUAGAUGUAUAAAAAUUAUAUAUAGAUUUUUUUUUCAAGUAAUAAAAAAUGUUAACAAUUUCUACAAGUUUUGGCUUGUAGGAAGGAUUUUUUUAGCAUAAUACAUGUAUUAAGCUGAACAUAAAGAUUUAUUUGUUUGGGAAAAUCUUUGAUUUGUAUAAAUCAGUUUUAUCUGCAUAUGCUUGAUUUACAGAUUUUUUUAAUGUCAAAAUUAUUUUUUUACAAAACGGAAUUUCUAUUGAAGAUCAGUGUUAACUUUUCAUCUUAAAAAUAUAAGAUUGUGAUGCUAUAAAAAAAUGUAUCUCAAGAAAAUGUACAAUAGUCUUCCUACAAUUCUUCAUGAAUUAAAGUAUUUAAAUGAGAAAA